GGUACAGACACGCGCGCUCACACACCGAGGAACCUCGCGUUUGACUCCGCGCCCCGACGCACGGCGAGCACGCGAAGACCGGGAGGAGAGCAGGCGGGCUCGGGAAGGUUUCAAACCCCUGCUCCAAGGUUAUUUUUUCUCCCCUUUCUGGGCGGUUUUUGUCGGACUUGCUGGUCGAGGCUCCAGCCGGAGCUAUGGUUCACCUGAGGCGCGCGAGGAGAGCGUGUUCCGCGUGAAAGAGAGUCCAGAUAAACGCCGUGGAUGCGACUACGCUCCGUUUUCAGAAGAAAGGUGGAAGAUUUGGGAGGGCCUCUGAAGAGGGACGCUUUCGCCACGGGCAAUUACAGCACGGUCGAGAUUUCCCCCAAAGCCGUCCUGAGUCGCGCCAUGUCUCUCAGCACGUUCCACCUGGUGCAGACCCUCAAGAACUCCCCCGCCGCGUUCCGGCGGCGCUUCCGCCGCGACCGCACCGAGUCCCUGUCCCACGGGGAUCCCCUCUUCAAGGUGCACUACCUGGGCACCGAGAAGAUCUUCUCGCUGGACCGGGAGCAGGCGCAGGACGCCAUCUCCCGCCUGCUGGACGGCAUCGCCAACGGGAAGAAGCUGAGCAAGGACCACGCCCUGGUGGUGCGGCCCAGAUACGUGGAGGUGAAGGAGCUGAGCACGGGCCGGCAGCUCACCAAGACCUACCUGCAGGACAUCGCCUACUGCGCCGCCGACGCCAACCGGCCCAACGUCUUCCUGUACAUCUGCAAGCACCACGGCCAGCAGCUGCAGUGCCGGGUGUUCUGGUGCAGCCGGGCGGAGCGGGCGCGGGACAUGACGGCCUGCCUGGCGCACUCCUUCCAGCGGGCGCUCAGCGACUGGCAGCAGGACGGCUCGGCCACGCUGCCGCCGGGGGACGCCAAGGGCAAGCUGGCGGAGGAGUCGGCCAAGUCUUCGGCCAACAAGAAGAGCUCCACGCUGCCCACCGGUCUGGGGAAAGUUCGCUGGAAGAAAACCAGCUCCGUGUCUCGCAGCCCCCACAGAGGCAUCACGAGAAGAGGGUCGUCCUCGGAGAGCUGGAACUGACUCUCCGUUUGACCACGUGCACCUGAUGACGACCUUGGAGGGCCACGUCUCUGACGGACGAUUACGAGACGCACGGAUAAACCAGGAAGUGGCUCAACCUUUUUGCUUGGCGUCGGACGACGACCGCGAGAGUCCAGAUUUGGACGUGCGCAGACCGUCGGCGAGAGGACGGCGGCACGGUCGGCCAGUGUUUGUGGAUUUUGGGGCAUUUUGGCUCGGCGCGGCGCCGAGUCCAGCGCCGGAUGCUGUUGACGGCUUCCUUUUGUUCGCCUGCCAUCACACACGAGGACUUCCGACUUGCUGAAUAAACGACAGACAAAACUGGAAGAAGACUAUGAAAGUCAGGAUUUUGGGGUAUUUGUUUUUAUUUCACUGAAGCCUUUAUUUUUUUUUUUAUUACCUUGUGGCAUUAGCGAGCUCAUUUCUGUUCUCUUUGGCAUUAUAUGGGCAAAUUCAAGAUAUGAGGGGUAAAUGCAGACACGUCGUACAAAAGUAGAGUUGAAACUCUUCAUAUUUAACGCACAUAAACUGGAGUUACACACUGGUUUCUUUGUCGUCGGUCACGGCCUUUGUCACUUUCUGAGGUCUUUCAGUUCUAAUCACAGAUAAAACAGGCCUGUGAGACCAGAAUCCUCCACUGACUCAGCAGCAUCCUGAAGGAAAAAAAAAAAACACCCCAGACUCGAACCGUCUCUGCACUGAUGAAUUAUUUGCUUUUACAUGAGGGG